CUUCAGAGGAAAUAAAUGGUCAUUGAUGUCUUUCACCCUGGGAAGGCAACAGUGCCUAAGACAGAAAUUCGGGAAAAACUAGCCAAAAUGUGCAAGAUCACACCGGAAGUUAUCUUUGUAUUUGGAUUCAGAACUCAUUUCGGUGGUGGCAAGACAACUGGCUUUGGCAUGAUUUAUGACUUUCUGGAUUAUGCAAAGAAAAAUAAACCCAAACAUAGACUUGCAAGACAUGGCCUGUAUGAGAAGAAAAAGACCUCAAGAAAGCAACAAGAGGGAUGCAAGAACAGAAUGAAGAAAGUCAGGGGGACUGCAAAGGCCAAUGUUGGUGCUGGCAAAAAGCCAAAGGAGUAAAGGUGCUGCAAUGAUGUUAUCUAUGGCCGUUCUGGAUUUUGCAGAAGAAGCUUAAUAAACUAAAAACUUUCAUGUGUUAAAAAAAAAAAAAAAAAGGAAAAAACAGAAUGUGCCUUUUUCCUUAUCAGGAGAAGCCUCAAAUCACAGUACUCACUUUGUACUUGCCUGCCCAUACCACCUUCCAGAGAAACUGUCUACCUACAGGCACAGCCAUCUCAAUGGAUAGGUGUCGUUUGGGCCACUUCCCUGUCCAUAGUUGACUAGAUCUGGGUGGAAUUUUGACCCAAGAACAGCUAACCCAUUCUUCUAUAUGUGACCUGGCCCCAGAAUUUGAGCUCAGUGUAUCUGUGUAAACAGAGAGAGUAAAACUGUAAGGAGUAGGAACAGAAUCAGCAGUUAUAGUUGAAAUUACAAAAGAGAAAUCACAAGAAAAAGAGCCCAGUUUUACAGGAAGAACAGAGACCCAGUGUGAGACCCAAACAGCCCAUUAGACACGCAAAGGGACAGAGUUACCAAAGCUCCUGAAGGUUGUGUUAGUGUCUGUGUCCUUCAGAUUGUGACCACACCAACACGCACUCACAGACACAAGAUUUUUGUUGUUGUUAGAGGUGACUAAAGUGACUUUGUUCUUUGCAGCACACCCAAAGAGCCAAUUAAAAUAUUUACAAAUGCUAAUUUAUUGCUGUUAGGAGACUAGGUGGAAUUAAUUAAAAAGAUGUAUAGGUUAGAGCAUCACUAGCAGAAUAUAUAAAGGAACAAAAAGUAUUCAAAUCCCUUCUAAUUGCCCUCUGCCUUUAUAUCUACUCCUGCCUAGGUCAGGCGACCUCUGAAAACUGUCCAUCAAACUCUGGAUAUAUCACUAUAAUGGCAAUCAAUAUAGCUCUGAAAUUCUCUCUGAAUGGGACUUUAUGUCAGUAUUCUCCACUAGACUGUAGGCUUUUAGUGUUAAGUUUGUGAUAAUUUAUUCUUCCUAUUUUGGUGUCUGUAGUACCACCAAAAGGUUCUGAGUAUGUUCUUGAAGCAUGCUUGCUGAAAAAAAUUGUGCCUGCACAUAGGAAGGAUGCUCUUUAUUAUUAAAUAAACUGAUUUAAAUACUUUUUUUAAAAAAUCAACCAUAGGUAUAUGUAACCACUCAAAAGUGAAUAGCUAAUAUGUGAUAGAGCUGUGGUAUACCUCACUGACCUUACAGCUACAUAAAAAAUAUUUUAAAAUAGCCAAGAGCGGUGGCUCAAGCCUGUAAUCCCAGCACUUUGGGAGGCCGAAGUGGGUGGAUCACGAGGUCAAGAGAUCGAGACCAUCCUGGUCGACAUGGUGAAACUCCGUCUCUACUAAAAAUACAAAAAAUUAGCUGGGCAUGGUGGUGUGUGCCUGUAAUCCCAGCUACUCGGGAGGCUGAGGAAGGAGAAUUGCCUGAACCCAGGAGGCGGAGGUUGUGGUGA